AUGCUUAGAUCUAUUAGCCUUAUCUCAAAGCGUUCUAAUUCUUCCUCCAGUGCAGCUUUAUUGAAAACUCCGCUCUAUGAGAGUCAUUUAGCCCUCGGUGGUAAAAUGGUGCCUUACGCUGGGUUCGAAAUGCCAGUACUUUAUAAAGAUCAAUCUCACAUCCAAUCUCACAAUUGGGUCAGAGCUAACUGUGGGUUAUUUGAUGUGUCUCACAUGUUGCAACAUAACUUUUCUGGACCAUCGGCCAAAGCUUUGUUAGAAAAAAUUACGCCAAUUGAUUUGGCUUCUUUGCCAGUAAACUCUUCAUCCUUAACUGUAUUGUUGAACAACGAAGGUGGGAUAAUCGAUGAUUGUAUUAUUACCAAGCAUGGAGAAGAGCAAUUUUACAUGGUUACCAACGCUGGAUGCAGAGAAAAGGAUGUCAAAUUUAUAAAGCAAGAAAUUUCAUCCCUUCAAGGAGACUUGAACCACAACACCUUCGAAGGUACUUUGCUUGCUGUUCAAGGACCGAAGUCAAAGGAAAUCUUGCAAAAAUUUGUAUCUGACUUUGAUUUAAACAAAUUGACAUUCGGUCAAACCAAAUUCAAUAAGUUCAACUCUAUAAUAGAUUCCGAAGUGCACAUUGCUAGAUCUGGUUACACGGGAGAAGAUGGGUUUGAAUUAUCAAUUGCUUCCUCUAACGAUGUGGAGACUAAACAGGCACAAGAUUUCUUCAAUUUGUUAAUUAGCGAAUACCCUGAAGUUGUUAAACCAAUCGGUCUUGCGGCCAGAGAUUCAUUGAGAUUAGAAGCAGGAAUGUGCCUUUACGGAUAUGAAUUAAAUGAAUCCAUAACACCAAUUGAAGCAAGUUUGGCUUGGUUGAUUCCUAAGGCUAGACGUACCCCGGAUUUGGCCACAUUUAAUGGUUCUUCUAAGAUUUUGUCUCAAUUAUCUGAUAGACUGUUGGUAUCCCACCAAAGGGUUGGUAUAACUUCCAAGGGUCCUGCACCAAGAGACUCAUCUUCUAAGAUUUUCGAUAAGAGCGGAGCAGAAAUCGGUUACAUUACAUCUGGUUCUCCAUCUCCAACACUCGGUGGAAAUGUAGCACAAGGUUAUGUGAAGAGAGGCUCACACAAGAGCGGUACUGAAAUUGACAUAGAGAUCAGAGGAAAAAAGAGACCUGGUGUAAUUUCAAAGAUGCCCUUUGUACCAAACAACUUUUUCAGAGGAUAA